AUGCCGGCGCACAGAACACGCCUGGCUUUUGAGCCACUUUCGCCGCUUCUCGACAUUCAUCGAGUUGUUGAGUCGACGCCAAACUUCGAAUUUGCGAUGGAUAUCAGCUAUGACUCAAUUGAGGAAUUUCCUCUAGAGGACUUUGAAAGGCUUGUCCUGUUCCAGGUUGUCCUAAGUGGAAGACCAUUGGUCGUCAGAGGAUUUCAUCACCGUCUUGACAAGGGUAUCUUCUCUGAGAAAUGGCUCCGAGAAAAAUACGCGAAGAAAGUCGAGGAAGUCCGAGAUUUAGUAAAGAAGAGGAGUCAAAAUUUUACCAUGGGCCACUACCUGGAAAAUCUGUCACUUCUUACUCGGCAGGUGACAGUUCACAACUACACACACAAAGAUGUUCAGCGGCUCUACCUCAAGGACAUUGACUGUCCUCCUGAGUGGCGUGCUUAUCUAGAGAAACUGUUACCGCCGUCACUGUUCUACUUGAACGAAGCACCCAAAGCCUUUGAAGGCCCUGCAUCGGGAAAGACGAAUCUUUCUGAAAUCCCCAAGUCCACCCAAGGCGAGUUCAUCGCGCCAGCGGGUGAUUUAAUGAGCAGUCUGCCCCCAAAAAUGCGCGCGGAGAAUCUUAUGUGCUACAUCGGGCAUGAGGGCACAUACACACCAGCACACCAAGAGAUGUGUGCCAGUCUCGGUCACAACAUAAUGGUCGACGCGUCAGAUGGGUCUUUAGAAAACGGGAAGCCGACAGAACCGGGUUCUUCAAUAUGGCUCAUGACUGAAACAAAAGACCGGCGGAUCGUGUCCGAGUACUGGAUGUCUGUUCUUGGGCACGAUAUUGACAUCGAAGAUUUCUUUGCUCCGUUGCAUGCAUGGGAGAUUGCGCCCUUCAAGACCUGGGUGGUGGAGCAAAAGCCCGGUGACCUUAUUCUUGUUCCCCCCCUUGCCGCACACCAGGUUUGGAACCGUGGCACCCGGACAAUGAAAGUUGCCUGGAAUCGCACUACUGUUGACACGCUCGAGCUGGCUCUGCGUGAAGCUUUGCCGCAUGCGCGAAUGGUCUGCCGCGAUGAACAGUAUAAAAACAAAGCCAUUGUUUACUAUACUCUUGAACGGUAUUACAAGCUGUUGCGGCAAGCAAAAAAAGUCGAUCACCCGGUGGUGGCUCAACUGUGGGACGAUUUCAAGAGACUAUUCGAAAUGUACAAGAACAUUUUGUUGUCUGAAUCCUUCUCACAAAAAAAUCCAGAGAAGAACGUCGAAUACCAUGAGUUCCAGAGCAAUGUCACCUGCUCGUUUUGCCGGUGUAACAUAUUCAACAGGUUUCUCACCUGUCCUGGCUGUGCAAAUGCUCUUGGCGGCGACGAGGACCCUUAUGAUGUAUGCAUGGAUUGCUACGUCAUGGGUAGAAGCUGUGCUUGUGUUGCCAAUCUCAAGUGGAUGGAACAAUUCCCAUGGAAACAUUUGACCGAACGCUAUGAGACAUGGCGACGGCUAAUCAUUUCUUCCAAUGAGAACAACAAGGAUUUGAAGGUUCAGUUUCCCACUUUCAUUGUCGCCCGUGGCCAGGUAGGCAAAAAGUCUGUGGCAGAGAUCUGCCAAGAGCAACUGCUGCGCCGCCCUUGGAAUGACCCCAAGAAGCCCAAGCCCGUGGUAAACAACACAAUCGAAGACGCUGAUAGUGAAUCCGAAGGAAACAGUCGUUCCAAAAAGCGCCGCAAAUUGCGGCAGUCUCUAAAUUCAAAAUCGGAUGACGUUCACCGCUGUCACGUUUGUCUUCAUUUUGAGGUCAACUGGAAGCUCGCACCUUGCUCAAACUGUGACCAACGUUAUUGUUACGGCAGUUUGUUCCGCGCGUUUGAGAUCUCCCCCCAGGAGGCGAUGGAGAAGCACCACUGGCUGUGCCCGAAAUGCCGCAAGGAAUGCAGCUGUGGUGCUUGCCAACGUGAUCCAUCCAUGAAACCAUAUGAGCCCAAUUGUACCAUUCUGGGCCAUGACACAAGUAAAGUUGCCGAUCCCCGCAGCAUCGAGACCUUGGUGGAUUUCCGGAAAUCGAAUCUCUGGUGGCUGAAGAAAUUUGGCGACGAUGUUCAUGGACGCAUUCAAAAACGCCAGAAGGAAGCCGAGGAAGCUGAAAUGGAACGACAGAAGACCCUAGAGGAUCAGGGCUUCAGCUUCGAGUCAAGUCCAUUCGACCAGCCGGCACACUAUGGCAACGGAAACGAUGAUAACCCACUGGGCUUUGAUGAGAACGAUGGGGGCAUUCCCGUUGAUCCAUCACUGAUGGUCCAGGGAUCUGUUGCGAGUACAGGUACUUGA